UUCUAUUCCUGAACCCUCACGUACACGUUCCAGCGCCGACUUAUAAGGCCCUCCACCCACCAAGGAGGACGAGAACCCGCCGUCCUUCUGCGCCCAGGCUCCCACGACCUGCGCCUGCCGUCGAUCGCCUGCUUCCCCACCCGCACCGAACCUCCGUAGCGUAGAUCUCCGUCGCGCUUCCCCCACGCACGUCUUCCCCUUCUCAGGCUCUUCUCUGUCUCCCCCCUCAUGCCCUCCUCUGCGCGCAAGAACACGAGUGCCCUUCAGCGCGGGUCCGCCUGCCUCUGCUGUCGGAAGCGCAAGCUAAAAUGCGAUGGCACCCGCCCCGUCUGCCGGCAAUGCAUCAAGAUGAACCGCGCCGACGAGUGCGAGUUCGACGACAGGAAGCAGAAAAGCCGCACGCAGAAGCUGCGCGAAAAGCUCGCCAUGCUCGAGAAGAAGGUCCGCGAACUAGAGGCCGACACCCACGGAGAAUCGUCCACGAGCAGCGGUUCAUCGAGCGGCUCCUCCCCCCAUGCAUGCGCCUCGCCUGACACCGAUGCCAUCGCUGAUGCACUCUUUACGGGAGAGCCCACGGGCGCAUAUGAUCUUGCCGCGCUCGAUGGGAUGGUCUUCCCGGGACUGGUCGACCUUGAAGCGCAUCCUGACUUGGCCAUCAGCGAUCAGACCAUCGACCUCGUGAACAGCGUUCUUUCCGACCCCGUGCGACUCAAUCCGCCGCUGGGUGGUGCGGACGACGCGACCGGCCCCAGCAGCUCCUCCGCCCCAGCAUGGGACCAGGACGAGGUCCUGCCGGACGCCAACCGCCAGGUCCUCCUCGAAGUAUUUUUAGCGCAUCGGCACCAGUGCUGGUUCGACGGCGACAUCUCGCGCUUCCAUCACGCCUCGCACGACCGCCCGCCCCAUCCUGCGCUGUGGAACGCGGUGUACCUUCUCGGGUGCCACUACGCACAGUCGCCGUACUUCUCCGAGAGCGAGCCCGCGUUCUUCUCCCGCGCGCUGCGCGAGAUCACAGUCGCGCUGGAUCACUCCGAUCGGCUCGUGGACGUCGUGCAGGCGUCGUGCUUGCUUGCCGUCUACCUCUACGCGAACGCACGCGCCCUGGAGGGAUACUGCCACUCCUUCUCCGCGGCGCGCCUCGCGGUUGGCCUUGGGCUGCAUCAGCUCCCCGCAUACGGCGACACCGGCCUCAUAGACGAUGCAGAGCAGAUCUCGCCGAUACAGAUCCCGCCGCCACGGGACGCAGAUGAGCAUCGGGAUCGCGUCGCGGCAUUCUGGCAAGUCUUCAUGGUCGAUCGAUGUUGGUCUGUCACGAACGGCCUCCCUGUCGCACUUCCAGACGGCGAGAGCGACCAGAUUCGCAUCAAAACACCGUGGCCAAAGGCUCCGGGCGAAAACUCCCCAGUGGACUGGCUGGGUGCCGGCCCGAUCAAUACCUUGUUUCUGGAUGACGGCACUUUCGACGAGCCGACGGCGCACAUUCCUGCACUCAGAGCAAAGUCAGCUGCUUUGUAUGAACGUGCAGCACGUUUGGCUUCUAAUGAUUCAGGACCCCAACAUGGCGACUCGUGGCUGGAAAGCCAAGUCGUCGCCAAUGCCGUCCAGCGCUUCAUCACCAUCCUUCCGCCGUUCUCAAGCUACGAAGCGUGGCCGCCAAACCCGCCCUACGUGGACGUCGAGCUGCUCGUCGUGCACAGCAUGGCGCAGGUCGCGUGCAUACACGCGCACAAGGACAUCUUCGCCAUGGAGUCCUUCCUCGCAUCGAACUCCGUCAUGGCGUUCAUUCGCCAGCUCGCCGAAUCCGACUACGAAUUUUUGAACCCGGUCAUCAGCUCUUGCUGGGGUGCGGUCGCGCGGUUCUACAUACGCAUCCUGGGCGCCAUGCACUCGAUGGUCCCGGCGUCGAUGCCGCCAUACACCAUCGAGGGCAUCCAUCAAGAAGUCAGUGUCAUCAUACACUCGCUGCAGAGGCUCGGCGCCUACGUCCCCCUCGCAAGUAAGUUCCUGCGCGCGGUUCUUUAUGGCUCUUGCGCUGUCUGUUCGGCUCUUGCUGAUGGAUCUUCAUAGGCGAAUACUGUAAACGAAUAACCGACGAGUGGUCGGCGCUCGCCAUCUUAUGAUUUUCUCUUAUAAUUCAGAACGAUAUAUGGGUAUAUUGUUACAUUUCCUCGGAAUAUCAUGGUAUGCUAGAAGUAAUAGAUAGUCCUACUGCACAAAGGAGAACAUCAAACGCCGACCGCGAGCUCGAGCUGGCAAUCAAACUUAGAUUCGAC